CUCUCUCUUUCUCUCUCCCUCUUUAACCUCCCCUCUUCUCUCUAUUUCCCUCCUCCUUCCCCCUCCAUAUUCCGCCUUUCUUUCAUAGAAAGUGCAUCUCGAUGCUGUCUUUCCUGAUUCUGCCCUCUGGUCUGUCUGUUCCUCUCCUCAUCAUCUGUGACCAGCAUGGUCAGAGUGCCGCGCGGCUGUCAGGCCUGCGUUGAUGCUCAGCUUCAGUGCACGGAUAAAGAUACCGAUGUCCCUUCUCGCGCUUCUCUCUCUAAAUUCGAAUACAAAACCGUUUCACUCCCCCUCGAUGAGGCCAUCUCUCCGUCGCUGAGUGUCCGAGCUAUCUCCUCCCAACAAACCCAGAUUUUCACGAAUUAUGUCCUCGCUUCCUUCCCUUGCUUCUUCCGCUGUACAGAAUCCCGAGUGCCUAUCAACUGGGUCGAAUAUGUCGAUCAAAGGCGGGGGUCGAUGGAUUCUUGUUUUGACUGGGCCGUUCGCGCCUGCACCUUCGCCUACAUGGGGUUCCUGCACGACGACACCAGAUACUUGGACGCCUCCCAGACGCUAUAUAUCCGUGCACUUCGCGGCCUCGCGACUCUAUUAUCGGACGAGGAAACUGCAAAGUCUGACAAGGUGUUAGCAUCCGCGAUUGCAUUAGCCAUAUUCGAGAAGCACAACUGUACCAGCUCAGAUGCCUGGAUCCGCCAUGCAUCCGGAAUCCGCACGCUAAUGAAACUCCGCGGCCCGGAGGCCCAUCUCACCGGAUUCGGUCGUGCCAUGUAUAUUGUCUACCGCAACUUCCUUAUCACAGCAGCCCUGGUCGAAGGGGAGGCAUGCUUUUUGGAGGAACCCGAAUGGCGCGCCCUCAACGAGCAAAUCGCCGCGGACAAUGCCAAAUUACCGAAUUCAUCGCUAUACACGGACGUGGUGGAACGCGGAUUUCUCGAGGUGAUCAAAAUCCCCGGAUAUGUGAAACGGACACGGCAGCUCCACGAUCUAUCCUCAAAGGAAGGUGCUAAAUUUCAAGCGACAUUGCUGCAAGACGUACAGGCAACUCGAGCCGCCCUUCGCGGUAUAUACACGGAGUUUGGGGUGUCGAUCUCCAUGUUACGAGCCGGGCAAGAUGAACGGGAUGCCUUUGUUGGUCCUCUGCCGCAUUUCUUCUUUGACGGGUAUUCCUCGCUGUUUACCCGUGGUCUCCGCCUGGGCCUCUUGAUUCUCAACUAUCUAGUGGCGAUCAUAGACCCGAAACAACGAACAACAAUCGAUUCUGAGAACUUUGCACUUGUGGCCAAUAUGGCGCCCAAUCAGUCACAUCUACACCCAAUAGCCAAAACCUUUAAGCUACCUCUCACGCCUCCCAAAUCUCCAGGCCGACCGAGUCUGAUUAUACGGUCUUUAAUUACCCCCGAGACCAAACAACCCCCCACAACAGAUUGGAUGGACCAUAUCGUGACGACCAUGGGGCUUCAUGCCGUCCAUGUCAGCCUAGUUGAAUAGAUCAACUAGGUAGUGUCUCUGUUUCGUUUUCUUGUUUUGCUUUCUUGCGU